AUGUAUACAUAUUCUCGGAAUCAAGAAGGAAAGAGCGGCCACAGACUAAGUUGCACGAAUUCUUGGAGUUGGUCCUGUUGUGGCUAUGAAGAUGAUGAUGAAGAAACGCAAAAGACCCCGUUACGCAAAAGAGAAACCUGGAGAAAGCAAAACCAAGCAGGAAAAUACGGGGAAGGAGAAAGAAUUAGUGAGGAUCAAGUGGAGGAGAUGGGUAAAGAGCAAAAGAAAGAGUCAGACAUUAUGAGCAUGGAUUUGUUUACGUCGUUGCCAUUAGCAGAAUCAACUACGAAAGCUAUUGCUGACAUGGGUUUCAAGUAUAUGACUCAGAUUCAAGCAAGAGCAAUUCCGGCCCUUCUAGAUGGAAAAGAUGUUCUAGGAGCUGCAAGAACAGGAUCUGGGAAAACACUUGCUUUCUUGAUACCUGCUGUGGAGUUGUUGUAUCAAACUCAAUUUACUCCUCACCGAGGGACUGGUGCAAUUGUCAUAUGUCCCACCAGAGAGUUGGCCAUUCAGACUCACACUGUUGCAAAAGAGCUUCUCAAGUAUCAUUCACAGACUCUUGGCUUGGUAAUUGGAGGUUUGGGUCGUUCGUCUCUGAAGGAAGAGGCGGUACGUCUUGUAAAAGGAGUGAACCUGUUAAUAGCAACACCUGGUCGGCUCUUAGAUCAUCUACAAAACACAAAGGAUUUUACAUACAGAAAUCUAAAGUUCCUCAUAGUUGAUGAAGCGGAUAGGAUAUUGGAAGCCAAUUUUGAAGAAGAAAUAAGGAAAAUUGUUAAUAUCUUGCCACAGAAAAGGCAAACAGCUCUUUUCUCUGCCACACAGACAGUGAAGGUUUAUGAUCUCGCACGCUUAUCCCUUCAGGGGAACCUCAUCUACAUUGGUGUUGAUGAUGAACAGAAGAAGGUCACCAAUGAUGGUCUGAAGCAAGGAUAUUGUGUCAUUCCAAGUGAAAAGAGAUUUACUCUUCUCUAUUCCUUUUUAAAGAGGAAUUCAUCAAAGAAAGUGAUGGUUUUCUUUUCUUCAUGUGAUUCUGUCAAGUUCUAUUCUGAUCUUCUCAAGUACAUAGGCAUUGAUUGCCAUGAUAUUUAUGGAAAGAAGAAGCAGCACAAACGAAACUCCACUCUGGAUGACUUUCGCAAAGCAGAGAAAGGGAUAUUGUUAUGUACAGAUGUUGCUGAACGUGGUCUGGACAUCCCUGCCGUGGAUUGGAUUGUGCAGUAUGAUCCCCCAAAGGAGCCAAAGAAAUACAUUCACAGGGUUGGUCGAACAGCACGUGGGGAAGGUGCAAAAGGCAAUGCUCUACUUGUUUUGAUUCCAGAGGAACUGCAAUUUCUGUGCCAGCUAAAGGCUGCAAAAGUACCACUCACAGAAUACGAAUUUGAUGAAAAGAAGCUGAAAAAUGUGCAGCCUCAUUUGGAGAAGUUGAUUGCAAACAACUAUUAUUUAAACAAGUCAGCCAAAGAUGCAUAUAAAUCCUACAUUCUUGCUUGUCACUCACAUUCCAUGAAGGAUAUCUUCAAUGUUCAUCGAUUGAUUCUGCAGGCUGUGGCUGCUUCAUUUGGUUUAUCUAAGAUUCCAAAUGUAAAUCUGAAGAUAGACAGCAACGCAUUAAAAUUUUGGAGUAAAAGGCGCAGAAUUGUGGGAAAAUGGCACAGUUUCAGCAAAAGCAACCCUUAUGGGAGGGUGGUUGAAGAUAAUACGCGGCAGUUUGUGAGAUACUAA